GGAGCUCAGCGCCGACCGGCUGCAGACUGGACUGUACAAAACGCUGACUGUGGCACCAGCGGACGUGACCUCGCAGGCCCACCUCACCUCAAUGGGUCAUGGCUUCGUUUGGGACGCGGCUCCUCUGUUGGGUCUCCUCACUGAAGAUGACCUGCGGGAGCUACUGGGGGAUCCUGACGCGGUGCGAGCCUGGCUGUGGUGUCAGCACCAGCUGCCAGAAACAGAGCGGCCGGCCGGUCUGCCCGCUGACCUGAGGUCACCGCGAGACCUCUGUGACCUGCUGCUCAACAUCCCACUGCUGAGCCGGGCUCUCAGGAAGAGUGUACCGGAUAAGUGGAACACGUACAGAAAGAUCAGUGAAUGGAGUACGAGGUCGCUAAGAGACCCAUAUGUGGAAGAGUGCGAAUUUUACAUGAAAGAGUCUCUGGAUACUGCUUCAAGGUGGAAGGAUCUGGCAUUAUUGUUCCAAACCAGGCUCGGCAUGGACGACCAGACGGCUCUGCGGACGGCCUGUCGUGCCGGUGUGGAGCUGCGGCGGCUCUGUGACGACCCGGAGACGCCCAGGGAGCAUGAGAGGUGCAGACGCCGCAUGCCGGACCCCUGGGGCGUGCUGCCCUUUCUGCUUCGUAGGCUAUGACUCUGAGGUGUGGACGGGAGAGGUGGUGCUAUGUCACUCUGAGGUGUGGACGGGAGAGGUGGUGUUAUGUCACUCUGAGGUGUGGACGGGAGAGGUGGUGUUAUGCCACUCUGAGGAGUGGACGGGAGAGGUGGUGUUAUGCCACUCUGAGGUGUGGACGGGAGAGGUGGUGUUAUGCCACUCUGAGGUGUGGACGGGAGAGGUGGUGUUAUGUCACUCUGAUGUGUGGACGGGAGAGGUGGUGUUAUGUCACUCUGAGGUGUGGACGGGAGAGGUGGUGCUAUGUCACUCUGAGGUGUGGACGGGAGAGGUGAUGUUAUGUCACUCUGAGGUGUGGACGGGAGAGGUGGUGCUAUGUCACUCUGAGGUGUGGACGGGAGAGGUGAUGUUAUGUCACUCUGAGGUGUGGACGAGAGAGGUGGCGUUAUGUCACUCUGAGAUGUGGACGGGAGAGGUGGUGUUAUGUCACUCUGAGGUGUGGACGGGAGAGGUGAUGUUAUGUCACUCUGAGGUGUGGACGAGAGAGGUGGCGUUAUGUCACUCUGAGAUGUGGACGGGAGAGGUGGUGUUAUGUCACUAUGUGUGGACAGGAGAUGUGGUGUUAUGUCACUCCGAGAUGUGGACAGCUACGGCGAUGAGAUACUUUGUAUAUAGACCAUCAGAGAAUGAAUAUUCCAUAUAGAUAGUUACGAUUACAUGCAAGAUGACAAACUUGUUUCUCAGUAGUUCGGAACGUGAGUCCCUUUGCGACCCACAGUAUUGCUAAACAUUGCCUUCGUAUAAUUGUUGACGUCUUCUUCCAUACAAAUGUGAAGAAUAUGAUACGUGCUUAUUCGUCGAUUAAAAAUGUUCGUUGGAGAAGUCGUGCUUGUGUCCACAAUUAAUUACGACUUUGUAUUCCAUGUUAUCAACUUUGGGUUCGUGACCAUUGCAUUCGCUUUGUAUCUGAUGACUGAUACACACAUGUUUUAUAUCACGUUCGUUCAGUGUAAUAUCCAUGUGUAAACACAUUCUGUAGUAGUUGUAUUGUUACUAAAUUGCAAUCUUCUCAGCGUAUUGUGAAUACACAGUGAUUAGAACAUGUG